AUGCCCACUGCACAUCCCAUUCCACAGGGUGUAUCUGUGGCUCCAGUCACUAUCACUAAAAUUCAGCAGGAGUCUAUCGAGAGCCAAGAGAUUCGAGGACCAGAAAAGGUGGUCUCCAGUAUGAGUCACAUGUAUUCUUCUUCAAUUUCUACCUCAGGCCAGCCUCCUGAAAGCCUGCCAAGCCUUGUCACUCAGGUGGUCACCACUGAGGUCCAAAGGACCACUGUAUCUGUUGUUCAUGAAAUACUUCCACAAGUCCCUCAACACAGUGUAGCCAUCACCAUACAACCAGAUGUAGCUAAAGUCCAACCUCUGCGAAAACAGAAUGGAAAGAUAAUCUAUGCUGGUGAUGUCAUCGAUUUACGGACCAUGAAGGUUGACAUAAAGAUGACUGAGCAAGGCAUGGACCUAACACCACCUGAGUCAUGUCGACAGUGUGUUUCAAGUGACUCAAGUGGGCGGCAAAUCACAGCAGUGCAGCCUGAGAUAGUAAAUCUUAGUGCAGAGAUCACCCAUGCAACCACACUUUCUGUGGUUACAGACAGCAUCACAAUAGUCACAUGCACAGCCACCAUUGCCUCAUAUAACACUACUCCAGCUGAGAAACCUCUCGAUUUGCAAGGCCCUGUUAUGUCAUUGCCGCUGCCUCUCACCACAUACAAACCAUUCGAACCGCUAGCUCAGAUUGUAUACAGACCAGUGAAUUCCCAGCCUGUAGUCAAUGCUCUAGCAUCCACAGCUCAAGACAUACCCAUUAAUCUUUCCUUUGGAGCUCUGGUCUCCGCAGAUGAUAAACAGUCAAGGAUUUCCCCAGCAGCUUUCAGCAAUGGAGGUGCUGUCCUUUCUCUAGAGACCACAGGGGCUAUGGAUCUGUCAAACUACAGACCAGUGAGAGCUAUGGUAGCUUUGUCUGACACAUGCCCAGGAGUGGUCACCACUGUUGUAGACGAUGAUGGGACUCCAGUCGACCUUACAGCUGGUAGGAGGAUUGUAUGCUGUGAUGUCAUUUACAAGCUACCAUUUACAGGAAGCUGCAGAACACAGCCCCCUGUUACAAACCAACCUGACAACCGUUUUGGCUAUAGAGAUGACCACUACCAAUAUGAUAAUGCUGGACUGUAUGGUAUCAAAGGCAUGAAUGGUAUAAAAGCCUCAAUGUCUGAGACCAACCUGACAGAGGCAGGACUGUUUUCCUAUGGUCCCAAGAAUGAUUAUGACUAUCUAAGUGGAUCUUCAGAUGGCGCUAUAGACCUCACUGCCGUCAAACUUUCUUCUGGUAAAGCUCUCGACUACACUAGCAAAGCUACUGGAAUCCACCCUGGGAUGAUUACAGCUCCAUACUCCCAGGUCCCUGCAGCUGGGUUCGGUGUGGAUGGUGUUCUAAGAAACUCAGAUGGAAUAGUGUACUCCUCUUUUGCUGCCCCAGUUCCAUCAACGUAUGCAAUUACAACUCAACCGGGCUCCGUCUUUAGUACUACCUUAACACCUACAUCAACAGUCCAGAACCAGUCAUUGCCUCAUCCUUAUGGUUUCAUUCCCAGUACAGACCCUGGACAGAUAAUUACUUUUGACGCAGGGAUACCUAAGGAGCUUCUACCCACAGCUUUGGCUGAUAUCUUUACAGGCUAUCCAGACAUGUACUCAGACACCACCCUGGAAGCAAUUGCUGCCUCUCUGGAUGCCUUAGCCUCUUCCCCAAUAUUCCCUGGCUUAGACAACACCAAGAUGGCCCAGUAUCAGAUGGAGAGGGAGUUUCUCGAGCUAGAGAAGCUGAAGCAGCUUUGUCUUGCUGAGGAGCUGGAGUGGGAGAGGCAAGAGAUCCAGCGUUACCGUGAACAGGAGCAGCUUAUGGUCCAGAGGGAACUGGAGGAGCUUCAGGCUCUGAAACAGCAGCUUCUCAUGCAGCAAGAAGAAGAGCACCAUGCCCACAUUAUGGCCCAGCAGGAGACCUAUGCCCAGCAGAAAGAGCAGUUGCAGCAAAUCCAACAACUACAACUACAACUCCAAUGCCAGCUUGAUGAGCAUUAUUGUAGCAGUGGUACCACAGGAAACCUCCUAGAUGCUAAAUAUGCAGGGGUAGGGACAGUGGCCAGGAAAAGAAUAAUUGAUAGCGGGGUGCAGACAGAUGAUGAAGACUCAGCAGAGAAGCAACAUGUAGGACGGAGAAAGAAGAAUAAGAGAAAUGUUGAUAGCUCAGCUCAGACUGAUGAUGAGGACCAAGAUGAAUGGGAUGCUCCCACGAAAGCUCGACGACGCUCUCGAAAACACAGCAGUGAUGGGAAACAUGGCUCCAAGGUCUCGAGCAUUGCUAUCCAAACAGUGGCAGAAAUAUCUGUCCAGACUGACCACUCUGGAUCUAUCAAACGACCCAGUGUCCAGAUGGACACUAAGGUGGAAAUCAUCAAGCAUAUUUCAGCUCCAGAGAACUCUCAGAGAGGUGGCAGUCUGAGCUGUCAGACAGACUCAGAUAGAAGGCUCACCUCUAUUGAGGUGGGGUACAGCACACACCUAACAGCAGAUGUCCCACUCAAGUCGAAAGUCUUCUACACUUCAGUGUCCCCGAUGUCCCCUGAAAAGUCCCUUGGAGGGCAGAGAAUGUUAACUGCUGACCCAACCAGAUUUUCCUCUGGCCCUCGAAUAUUAAAGGCUGGUCAGAAGUCUCUGUCUGAUCCUAAAUCCCUUAGUCCUACCACAGAUGAAAGGAUGGGUGGAUACUACGCAGACAACUAUUCUAGCCGAGGCUCUCCAUCUGGUACAGGUAAGAAGGUAAAACGGACACUACCAGAUCCCCCUCCUGAGGAUGACUCUCUGACAGGACGUUCAGGCUACAGCAGCAACUCUGCACGCCGCCGUCUUGCCCGCAGUACAACAAUGGCCCGGGCAAAGAUCCUGCAGGACAUUGACAAGGAGCUUGAUCUGGUGGAAAGAGAAUCUUCUAAACUUCGCAAGAAACAAGCUGAGCUAGAUGAAGAAGAGAAGGAGAUUGACGCCAAGCUACGGUACCUUGAGAUGGGUAUCAACCGGCGUAAGGAGGCGUUGCUGAAGGAGAGAGAGAAGAGAGAGAGGGCCUAUCUCCAGGGGGUGGCAGAAGAAAGAGACUAUAUGUCAGACAGUGAGGUUAGCAACAUCAGAGAGGCCAAGGGGUGUGGCCUGGAGAGACCACGGACAGCUCCCCAGUCGGAAUUUGACCAAUUCAUCCCUCCCCAGACAGAAGCUGAUUCCCAGUACAACACACUAACUAGUCCCUACUCUCACUAUGGCCAAUAUGUUCCUCAGACCCAAACCACCAGCCACUAUACCCAACAUAACCUAUAUCAGCAGCAGUCCCUUUACCACCAACAGGUGUCUCCUUACCCAACCCUAUCCCUCCCCCAUGCCCAGGGUCAGUCUAGCAGCUACCAACACGCUCUGCUCUUGCAGCAGGAAAAGCAGCGACAAACCACCCUACAGUGGUUAUGGAGUUGCUCACCUCGGGGAAAGUAUGGCAGCUUGGACUUGAGGAUGGGGCUAGGGGAGAGGAGCAUGGCCUCUAGUCCCAUGUCUAGCAUUUCUGCUGAUUCCUUCUAUGCUGAUAUUGACCACCACAAUUCCAGGAACUACCUGCUGAUAGAGGACAUAGGGGAGCUCACCAAGGCCUCAACAGGGCUGAGCAACACUGGCUUGGGUUCUGGAUUCAACAUUCCUGAUAAGGAGUUGUCCAAGGCCGACAGACUACUCAGGGCAGCAGAAGUCAGGCGCACAGCAGAGGUAAAUACUGUGGCAGAUUUUUUAGGCUCAUCUCGACUUCAGGGUUAUGGCAAAGGAGAAGAUGAGACAAUGGAGGAGCCUUAUGAGCUGAAGCUACUGAAGCAGCAGAUCAAGCAAGAAUUCAGACGAGGAACUGAUGGCCUAGAACACUUAACAGGGCUAGGCCUACCCCAUUAUCUCCCCAGUGAUGGCAGUUUUCGUCACUUCCCUAAAGGAGAGAAAUAUAGCAUUGGCAGGCUCACCCUUGAAAAACAGGCUGCAAAGCAACUCCCAGCAGCUGUGCUUUACCAGAAACAGAUGAAGAACAAAAAGGCUGUAAUAGAUCCCAAGGCCAUCACAAAGUUUUCCCCAAUUCAGGAGAGUAGGGUCCUGGAGCCUGAAUUUGGCAGCUACAUGGGAUCUGGGGCCUCCUCUGUGACCAAUCUGGCUGCUACAGCUAGGUUGCUUCAGGAUGAGAUUACAUUUGGGCUAAGAAAAAACUUGUCUGAGCAGCAAAAAUAUUUGGGCUCCUCCUUAGGGGCCAACUUAGCUGGUUCUCUUAAUUUUGGGCAGUCCCACGGACUUGGAUCCACUUUCAGGGCCACAGCCCAGGAUGAUGGCACCUACCCAAGUGGCACCCGUUCCCGCCCCUCAUCACGCCCUUCCUCUCGACCCUCUUCUGUCUAUGGCUUGGAUCUAUCUAUCAAACGAGACCUGUCCAGCUCCUCACUUAGACUUAAAACAGAAGGAGAGGUCCUAGAUGCAGCAUUUGCUCCUGGGGUGGCCAGAGCAAAGCCCACCAGUCUCCCUAUCAGCCAAAGUAGGGGACGUAUCCCUAUUGUGGCUCAGAACUCUGAGGAGGAAAGCCCUCUGAGCCCGGUGGGGCAGCCUAUGGGUAUGGCUAGAGCCUCAGCUGGACCCCUCCCUCCAAUCUCUGCUGAUUCCAGGGACCAAUUUGGGUCUAGCCAUUCCCUGCCAGAGGUACAACAACAUAUGAGGGAGGAAUCUCGCACACGAGGCUAUGAUCGAGACAUCGCAUUCAUCAUGGAUGACUUGCAAGGUGCCAUGUCUGACAGCGAAGCACUAAGUGAAUCCAUGCUGGCUUUGAACAGAGAUGAUGCCAGAAUCUUUCAUGAAAGUAUCAGACACGCCUACCACCUGAGAAGAGAGGACACAGAUUGGUUUGAUAAGCCAGGAGAAGGGCAUCCGCAGAGCGCAAACAUGUCAGACAGGAGACAGAUGGAACUGGUGCCUUAUGCUUUCCCUCACACUUGCAUCAAGCUGAAGAGAGACCAGAAAGACACCAGUGUGUCGGGGAACGGUCUUGGGAUCCGUGUGGUAGGCGGGAAGGAGGUUCCGGGUAGCCGAGGAGAGAUUGGAGCCUACAUUGCCAAGGUCAUCCCUGGUGGUGUGGCUGAACAAACAGGAAUAGUUGCAGAGGGAAUGCAGGUGUUGGAGUGGAACGGAUUCCCUCUGACAGGAAAGACUUAUGAAGAAGUGCAGUGCAUCAUGGGCCAGCCAUGUGCAGAGGCGGAGCUCUGUGUGAGACUCGACCUUAAUAUGCUGUCUGACCCUGAGCACCCACAAGCCCUGGAGCACCAUGUCCAGCUUAAGGCUGGUGGGCAGCGUUCCCCUGGUGUGGAUCCUAAGCAGUUGGCGGCAGAACUGCAGAAGGUGUCCCAGCAGCUGGCUCCUGGUAUGUCUGGGGCAGGGCUUGGGCCUGAGGGUUUGGGUGUCCUCUCUGCACUGGAGCGGUCCGCCCUCAUCCACUCUGGGACUGGAUCGGCUGCUUCCAGUGGUGUGCCAAGCCCCGGCCAGCCUGCAUCCCCUGCCAUAAACAAGAAACAACGACACAAGCCAAUAGAAGUAAUAAGGACACCUCAUCCCAUCACUGGAGAAAUCCAGCUCCAGAUCAACUACGACAGAAACCUAGGAAACCUGAUCGUCCACGUCCUGCAGGCUAGAAACCUGGCUCCGAGAGACAACGAUGGCUACUCUGACCCAUUUGUCAAGGUCUACCUCUUACCGGGAAGAGGCCAAGUCAUGGUUGUCCAGAAUGCAAGUGCUGAUAACAAAAGAAGGACCAGGUAUGCCCAGAAGACCAUGAAUCCAGAAUGGAACCAGACCGUCAUCUACAAGAACAUCCAUUUGGAGCAGUUAAAGAAAAAGACGCUGGAGGUGACAGUUUGGGACUAUGACAGAUCCUCCUCCAAUGACUUCCUUGGAGAAGUGUUGAUUGACUUGUCGAACACUACUCAGCUAGACAACACUCCUCGUUGGCUGCCUUUGAAGGAGCAGAGCGAGAGCAUUGAGCAUAGCAAAGCCCACCAUGCUUGUCAAGGCCCUCCGGGGUCUGGGUCAGGUCAGGGUUAUGGUCAGGGACACAGCCUGGGCCAUAUGUCAGGCCCUGGGAUGAGGCCCGGGCAUGCUGGGGGACAAGGACCAGACGGGAGUCAUGAUUCACCCAAGAACUCUGUGAUCAAGAGCAGAAGCCAUGGAAUCUUCCCUGAUCCAUCCAAAGACAUGCAGCUGUUGCCUUUGGAAAAGUCACACAGCAGCCCCGGCAGCUCUAAGUCCUCUUCUGAUGGUCAACUGCGCUCCCACGGCCCCUCCCGAAGCCAAAGCAAGAGCAGCGUCACUCAGGUCCACCUUGAGGAUGCUGGGAUAGCCAUUGCUGCCGCCGAGGCUGCCGUGCAACAGUCCCGCCUGCAACCAAGACCAGGACACCGACUGGGUGAUGUCUCAGGGUCUGUCGUUCUGUCUGCUCCGUGUCUUGUGGGAGACACCUAUGGAGGUCUGGACGGGGAAGAGGGGGCAGGCAUUGGAGUGGACAGUGCCAUUUUUCAAGUGCCACGCAUGGGUAAGACUAUUCCGAAUGGCACCGACACAAACCAACUAGGGACCCCAGAAAACGAAGGUGGUAAAACACAAAUAAUGGGUGAGAUCAAGGUGGCUCUCAAGAAGGAAGUAAAGACAGAAGGGGACCAACUGGUCUUGGAGAUCCUUCAAUGCAGAAACAUCACUUACAAGUUUAAAAGUCCCGACCACCUACCAGAUCUGUAUGUGAAGUUGUAUGUGGUCAAUGUAGCCAAUCAGAAGAGGAUCAUAAAGAAGAAGACCAGAGUGUGUCGACACGACAGAGAGCCCUCUUUCAAUGAGACCUUCAGAUUCCCCCUCAAUUCAACUGGACACUCCAUACAGCUUUUCUUGGUGUCAAAUGGAGGCAAGUUCAUGAAGAAGACCCUGAUAGGGGAAGCCUACAUCUGGCUGGACAAGGUGGACAUGAGGAAGAGAGUGGUCAGCUGGCACAAGUUGUUUGUCAGCUCCACUCAGACCAUCCCCUGA